GAUUAUCAACUCCUCUUUGUAGAGCAUAGACAUCUCCUCCCCCACAACCGGAAAUUGAAGAUGUACGGAACAAUCUCUGAUGAGAUGACGGUUGGCGUACCAGCAACCAAAGCUUGGAAGCUCUGUAGCACUCUCCAGUUCCCCAAAGUUGUGAAGGAAGCCCUCCCCGACCUCAUCAGCCGGAUCGACGUUGUCCAAGGCGACGGCGGCGCCGGAACCAUUCUCGAGCUCAUUUUCCAUCCAGGGAUGGGAGGGGGAUGGAAGUCGUACAAGGAGAAAUUCAUGGUGUUGGAUCACGAGAAGCGUGUGAAGGAGGUAGAGGUGGUGGAAGGUGGAUUUCUGGAUCUAGGGUUCACGCUGUAUCGUAAUAGAUUCGAAGUGAUAGAGGUGGAGGAAAACGAGAAGCAGUGUAUAAUUCGUUAUGCGAUCGAGUACGAGCUCAAAGAGGAAGCUGCAGCGAAUGUUGCGCUCGUUGCCAUUCAACCACUCAUUGCCAUCAUGCAACACUCUGCUGAGUAUUUGCUCCGCAACAAUGGCAAUUGAUCUACUAUUAAUUUGGGGCAUGUGGUUAGCUUUCAUGUUUACUAAAAUAAAUUUCUAUCCUCCUAAUAUAUAUUUGUAUUUCAUUUUCUCU